GAACGUUUCUGCUGAUUGUUUCGACCUAUAAAGUAAACAUUUAGCUUAUUUAUAACAGAUAAGCUCAAGCUAGAGUUCAAUCUAAGUGAGGAUCAGUAUUAACUGUGUUAGUUCACGUCUUCACGUUACAAUGCAAUUUAAUUUUAAUUAACUGGUUGAUUCCAAAUUUGCCGUUAUGUAUCUGGUAUUAAUUGGGACGGUACUUCUUAUUACACAUACUACAGUCUACGGUCUUCCCUUAAAUGAAAAAGAACGAGCUUGCGCAGAAAAACACAAUUUGAGUACAAAAAACAUCGAAAUGUGGAACAUCGAGCCCCUUAUUCCAGAAGACAACGUCGAAAUGCUGGAGUACAUGAGCUGCUACUGGAAGAAUUUGGGAUAUCUUACGGAAGAUGGAGAAAUUGAUUUUGUGAAAUUGGGCGACGUCGUGCACGCUGAUUUAAACGCUAGGUUUCAUGCGGAAUUUGGGCAUAUCGUGGCGUUUAUUAUGGACAAUUGUAAACAAACCGUACACGGCGAGACAGACGGUUUGAGGGCUGUGAAAAUGUGGAAUUGUUUAAAUGUUUAUACCGAAAACUUAUUUUAGUUUAUAAGUCGAAAGUGUUUAUAUGCUAUGCAUAUUUAUUUAAUUUACAAAUUAUCUAUAUUUAUUCUUGU